CCACAUAAAGUUGCUCGCUUUUUUCUCUCCUGUCGUCUUCCCAUUCUUCUGUUCUAAACCAUGGCUUCCUUCUCCGCCCCUGCGACCGUCCUUUUCGUUGCCGUCGUCGCUCUCCUUGCCUCCUCCACCGCCGCCCGGCCCGGCGCCCCUUUCCACCCCCGCAACAUCCUCUUUAUUACCUAUUCCAUCUCUACCACCGGAUCCUCCUCCACUGCGGCCGACGUCUCCGCCGCGCCGCAUCGCUUCUGCCGUUUCGUCUCCAUAUACCGCACCAUCACCCCCUUCUCCUCCUCCUCCUCCGCCUACGCCUUAAACAACGGCCGCCCGUUUCUGAUCCGACGGCCGCACCUGGUCCGCCGCGCGGUCGCCGAGCCCGCCGGCCUCGGGUUCGGCUCCCUCCAGGAGCGCGCCAAGGACAUCAUCGUGGUCGUGGCCGGCCUUCUCUUCGGCGUCGGCUGCGGCGCCCUCACCGCCGCAACCAUGUACCUUGUCUGGUCCCUCGUCUCCAACCACUACGAUGCGUGCGUAUCCGACGGGGAGGAGGAAGAGGAUUACAUGGCUGAUAGCCCCAAGAAGGUGGGGUACGUCCAGAUCCCGGCCGCCGAUCAUGCCCCGGCCAAAGAAGGGUAUGAGGCGAAUUAGGGCUUGGUGCUUUACGAAUCAUGGUGUUGGAUAAUUGUUUAGUAUACUGCACCAAUUGAUUCCCAUAGUAUUAUGUUCGCGUAUGACUUGCAUUGUGUCUUAUGGCUAUGGUAUCUUCCUUGGAUUUCACAUAAAAAAAGUCGAGUUCUUGCUAAAAUAAGACCAUUUUCUGCCGAAUCUUGUUACAUUUCAUGCUGUGGAUCUCGUUUAUCCCUUUCAAUCGUAGAAGCUCUAGGAGAUUCUGAUCUGCUUAUUAUAAAUAUGACACCUUUAUCUCUGUGUGCUU